AUGAUGGUGCAAGAGACGACUACGGUGACAGCUGCGGCCUAUGCCAACGAGACUGACCUCUCGCGGAGAGUUGCCGACUGGGAGGCCAAGAUCAAACCAAUCCUCGACAAUGAGGCCAACGAUGGUAAUGUGGAGAUAUCGACAGAAGGUCUGAUGGAUGCAGUGGGCCUCAAACUGUUGUCAACUCGGAGAAGGUUUGAGAAUGUCGCCAACUACAGAUCAUCUUCACACUGA